AUGCUUUUCACACUCGCCUCAUUCUCGACCCGCCGAAUUAUAGCGACGCAACUUGCGACAGUGCAAGCGCAGCCUACUGUUUGCUCCGUCUGCGAAGAUAUCGAGCGACUCGAGGUUAAGUUGGCCGACAUGCACCGUUGGCCUUACGAGGAAUUCUCAGUUAAGGGCGGUACACUCAAGGAAGUCGCUGAGAGUAGAAGCUGUGUGUUCUGUACUUUUGUGUGGAGACGGUCUGCUUAG